AUGGAGGUUCCAGAUGCAAACGCUCGUGUCGGGCCCUGUGCCUCCCCUCCCAGGAAGACCAUCCUCUCCAGCGUCACUGGCGUCUUCGAGCCGGGAAAGUUCACAGCCAUCAUGGGGUCGAGCGGAGCAGGAAAGACGACGCUUCUCAACGCAGUGGCAGGGGAGGCAGCAGGCGGCAUCCUCUCGGGAGCUGUGCGGUUCAAUGGAGCCAAGGUUGACACAGCUACGAUCCGCAGGCUUCGCGCUUUUGUGUUCCAGGAUGAUGUAGUGAUGGGUACCAUGACAGCCUACGAGGCUAUCAGCAUGUCGGCGAAGCUGAGACUUCCCCCGGACAUGCCGCUCGAGGAGAAGAUGAGGCGAGUAGAUCAGAUGAUUGAGAUCCUUCAUCUUGAACGCUGCAAGGACAACGUGAUAGGCUAUCCCGGAGAGAAGAGCGGGGUCUCAGGAGGAGAGAGAAAGCGUAUCAGUAUCGCCAUGGAGCUUAUCACGAACCCUUCUGUGCUGUUCCUGGAUGAGCCAACUUCCGGCUUGGAUACUCAUACAGCACAUAGCGUCUGCAAGACGUUGAAGGAGCUGGCUGCUGCUGGCAGGACGGUCGUUGCGACGAUUCACCAGCCGUCCUCGGACAUCUUCCACAUGUUCGACAACCUGCUCCUGCUCGCCAGCGGUCGCAUCCUCUACCAGGGGCCGUCUAGAUCCUGCAUGGACUACUUUGCAACAAGAGGCAGCCCAUGUCCUCAGUUCACAAACCCGGCCGAUCACAUCUUCAUGAAGGUCCUCAACGAUCAGCUUGCCAGCAGUGAGCUCGAGCGCAAGGCGAAACGAGAGCAGAUCGAGGGGUUGCUGUCGGAGUAUGCGGAGUCUUCGACGUUCAAGGACAUGGAGGCCCGCGUGAAGGUCCCAGGAAGCGGAGUGGACAAGAGCUCUUCCAGCUUCUCUCCCAGCCUGCUGCUCCAGAUGAGCGUCCUCUUCGGCCGUGCAAAGAACAACGCGAUAAGAAACCGGCUGAUUCUCAGGGCCAAGAUCGGCCAGUCACUGUUCAUGGGGCUUCUUGUUGGGUUGAUCUAUCGUGACUUGCAGACUAACCAAAGGUCGAUCCAGCGCCGUCAGGAUCGGACCGGAGCCCUUUUCUUCGUAUCUGUUAACGUCACCAUGUCGGCUAUGAUGACAGUCAUCACUGCCUUCGGUGUCGAGCGAGUCGUGUUUGAGAGGGAGCGGAGCAUCGGAAUGUACAGCACGUUUGCAUACUUCCUAGCGAAAAUCAUUGUCGAGCUUCCACACAACAUCAUUUUUCCGUUCAUACAAGCGAACAUCGUGUACUUUCUGCUGCAGCUGCAGCUGUCAGGGGAAAAGUGGAUCACCUGGUGUGAUUUCUUUGAUCUGUUUCUUUACAACUUACUCGGCAUGCCAACAGGUGCGUCAUCUUCCUCAUGCUUAACAACGUCGGGAAUGCUCUUGGGAUCUGCUCCGAUUAUCAUCUUUCCUCUUAUGCUCUUCAGCGGCUUCUUCGUGAAUCAGAAGGGCAUUCCUGUCUACUUCGAUUGGAUCAAAUACAUCUCUCCCAUGCGCUAUAGGUAA